AUGGCUGUCCCCUGGUGCUCCCUGACUUCAGGAGGGCCCCCCUUUCGCCCCUUUGGGGGCCCCCAGCAGCUCCUGGGGGGCUUGCUGCUGAGGCUGGGGGGCCCCCUGCUGCGCCUAGGGGGGCCCCUGCUGCUCUCCUUUGCCCUUCCUAUAUGCCCCCUUCCUGCCGCCUCCAACCCUCUGAAUGCAGAGGAAGGGGCCCCCCAAGGGGCCCCCCAGGAGGGCCACCAGGGGGGCCCCCAGACGCCUGUGGGGCUCCCCGAAGGGGCCCCCAAGGGGCCCCAGGGGGCCCCCGACGGAGCCCCCAUAAGGGAACCCGGGGGGGGCCCCCACUUGCUGCGUGCAGGGGGCACCCCUGUAGGGGGGCCCCCUGUAGGGGGGCCCCUGUCUGCAAUAGUAGCAGCAAGUGAAGAGUUUGAGGACCUUCAAAGCAGCACGGGGGGAGAGGGGCCCCACAACCCUUAUGGGGGCCCCCCAGGGAGCUCGGGGGGCCCCCUGGGGGCACCCAGCAACUCGCCUGUGUACCUCUUAAAGGCCCUGGAGGAGGGGCCCCCCUUGGGGGCCCCCCAGCACCCCAAAGGGGAGUGGGGGCCCCUCUUUGUCGCGGGAUGUCAAGACGCGCGCGAAGGAAACAAGCAGCAGCAGCAGCAGCAGCGGGAGCAGCAGCAGCAGCAGUUGUGGUGGAAACAGAAGAAGAGUACCCGGACUCCAGCGUAUUUCUCGUGGGUCGCUGGGGGUGGACUACUGCUGCUGCUAGGCACUGCAGCAGCAGCAGCAGCAGCAGCAGGCUGCGGCUGCCCUCUCCAGCAGACAUAUGCCCGCAUGAUGUGUCAACAACAGCAAGUGGGGCCCCGCCUUGCUCUUCCCCAGCAGCAGCAGCAGCAGCAGUAG